CAGUAAAAUAUUGACGAAUGUUCUUUAGCCUCACAUUGAUCCUUGUCGAAGACCAUAGGUCUAUUUUUGAUUAACCAAGAUUAUUACAAAGAACGAUUUACCGAAUGAAACAGGAAUUAUCGUAAAAUAUUGGAAAAACUGUUGUUUAAUCAUGGUGAUAUUGGUAUUAAAUAGAGUAACGUGUAAGUCUUGUACAUAUGGUGUGGAUGUAGUUCCAUUCUUCUGAUUGUAGUAUUAAUUCGUGUUCUGAAUAAUGUGCCUGUCUGUGAUCCUGUUGCCUGUUUAAUCGUACAUCAUUUGUGUUUCGUAAUUCAUCAGCUUCACGUUUUGUACAGUCCGUGUGUUUAUGCUUUGGUGAAAUAGGUCAAGUAUUAUGGGACACCUAAGAGGUUAAUUCACUUGUUCAUUUACUGACUUUGAGGCAUAUUAAAAGGGAAGAAUAACAUUUAUGAUUAUCUUAUUCAUUAGAGUUUGUUAAAUGGUUACGUCCAGUAUAGAGAAACGUAAAAAGUUUUGUUAAUCACCAGCCUUGUCACACGAUAGAUUAGUUUAGUUAUAUAUAUGCAGAAGUGCCAACUUAAUGGAGUGAAUGGCGAUAAUAUGGCUGAUAAGUUGGGGUUAGGGCAAGAAGUUCGUGAAUUGAAGCUCGGACCAAGCUUUACUAACAGCCGAGGAGAUUCUUUCCACACUUUGCGAUAUGACUUCAAACCUGCAAGUGUUGAUGUUAGCAAGGUUGCAACUGUCGAUAUUGGAUCAAGUCAGCAAGUGACAGUAACUGUCCCUCAUCUAGAUGGAGCUGGAACACCUCAUACUGUGUUCAAGGGAUCACAACGCCCAUACCAGAAAGAAUGCGUUCUUAUUAUCGAUAGGGUGACUGGAGAAAUUACACUAGAAAAAUUGAGUUCCAAUAUCCAAGUCAAGAAAACAAGAAUGGAGUCUGUUCCUAAAUUGGGACUACCUUCAGGUUCCUCGCGCCCUAUGACACCAGUGGACUCGCUAAACUCUCAUAGCAAGAACAAAUUGCCAUCUCCUCAGCAUCGUUCCAAUAAGAAAAAAACUUCUCCCAAGCCUAAUCACUUAGCCUCCUCCUUGGGGUGUAUUCCCCGUCACUCUCCUCUACAUGCAUCUCCUUCAUACCCCUCAUCCAGGUCCCCUCCUAGAGGCCUAUCAUCUCAACACAAAUCUCCACCUUCACUGCCUGCAAGUUUGCCAGUGAUUGGUCUUGAUGACUCAGAUUUGGGGUUUGGAGGUUCUUAUGCUCCUUCACAACAAUCCCAGCAGACACUUAAUUUUCCUAGAGUGUCUCCAGAUUAUAUUCGCCCUACAGAUGAUGAUGGAGUAGGGGCAACUGCAAAUGAGAUUGGAAUUUUGUCUGACACAUCCUCAUCAGACUCCAGUGAUUCAUCAGGAAGUGAGAGUGAACCUGAAACUCAACCAAGCAAUAGUACAGUUACAGCAAAUGGUCACAUGAAUGGGACAGCAUCACCCUCCCUCUCUAUGCCGAAUCAUCUCCUAACAGAAGACCUGCAGCUAUCUGAGUCAGGAUCUGAGAGUGACUAACCUACUGAAUACUUGGUGAGGUUGAAGUAUUGUGAGUACUUACUGUGACUUAUUGAUCAGACACAAGAUCGUUUAUGACAAAAGAAUUUGUUGUCAGAUUACUUAAAUGAUGUUGCUUCCAUUCCAUUAUCUAAAGUGACUGAAGUCAAAAGUGCAAAUCUAAUAGACUGCAUAGUUUUAUAAAAUAAACCAUUAUAUUUGAAUCUAAAGUAAUAAUAGGAAAUUUUCAAUAAAAUUCAGAAUACUUUAAAAAUAUAUCAGUAUUUAUGACAGAUGAGUAUUGCAAACCCUAAAUUGUUGAAAAAUAACAGUCUACUCAACAUUUUGAGAAACUUUCUGGGUGGAUGGAAAAUUAAAUGUUUUUAAUGAUUUCCUUUAGACCUUAGGAAUAUAGUUGUUCUCUUGUCUGAACAUUGAGGGUAGGAUAAUUUUUUGCUGCUACUUGUACUUGUGGCAAAAUGUACAUAUCUAGUUUACAGUGUGAUGACAUCUAUAAUUUGAUGUAGACUUUGAAUGUUUGUAUUGAACCCUUCCCCUCCCCCAAGUCAAAAUUCUAGAUGUGUUGUUAGCAAGGGCCUCAGAAAAUUGUGAUCCACAAGUCUUAACAUUUUGCAGUUACUGAAUAUCUAACUCUGGAGCAGAGUCUUUCCUGAGAAGCUUCAUAGUGUGCUAGUAAUAUUCAGGUCCGAGAUUAUAAUUUGAAGAACUAAAACUGCCAUUGGCUUUCUAUAUAACUUAUCCAUUAAGCAAUAAUGAUUGGAAUAAAAAAUAAAAUAGAAAUUAGAACUGUAUUAAUAUAUAUCAGAUACAGAAAGAACAACCAAAACAAAUGGUAAAAUUAGAGAUAAUUUAAAAUUAAACAGCUUAGAAG